GUUUUCAAAGAUUUUAUUCUAACCACCCAUCUAUAAAAUGAAAACAAACAUGUAUAUAAACCUGAAAACAUAAUUGAAUUAAGUUUUUUAAAGUAUACCUGGUCGGGCAAUAAGCUGCAAGAGAAGGACAAGAUAAUGAAUGGCUAUAUUGGUGUCGCCUCUGCGCCCGCGACGACACGGAAAUCAAUUUGCACGACGAAUCUCAAAACGAGGACUUUGUCAGGACAGUAAGCAAGUGCUUUGACGUCGAGAUGAUUCUUGAAGAACCAGAACUAGGGAGUAUGCUGUGCAAAACAUUCCAUGCGAUGGUUGGCCAAUUAAUUCAUUUUUCGGAAAGUGUCAAUAAGGUUCAGGCCAUUUUUAAGCUUUUACGUCAUACUGAGUCACAUGAUGCGAUAAACACAGCCGUACUGCAACAAGAGUAUGACUUGCCAGUCACCUGCAAAUUUGAAGAUAAAGAAUUUCAAAACAAUCAAAACAUAGACCAAAAAGAUGGUGAAAAUCAAAUUGCUUUAAAAUGCUCCAUUGGUAGGAUUGUGGCAGUUAACAAAAUCAAAAAUAAACUAUAUUCACAACCAGAACUGUUACUGCAUAAGAAAAAACGUAUAGACGAAUAUCCGAAACGGCUAUUAAAUGGGUGGAGCAUCGGUGGAGCAAUUCAAAUGCACACGGGGAAGACUCAUAGAGAACGCUUAAAAAAAAAAUCAUGGACUCAGCUUUAUCAGCCAAUGUAGGACCAAAGGAAGAGUUUAAACACGAGAUGCGCGUUGGUUUAAGGCAGUUUGUAUGCGACUGUUGCGGUAAGCAGUUAAAAACAUUCUUAUCUUUGGUGGAGCCCAAGCUAGUUCAUACGGACGCGAAUCCUUGCAUCUGUCCCGUUAGUGACGCAGGCAUUAAAAAUAAAGCCAGACUGAAAGUCCAAACACAUGGAGAUCCCAGCUUCGUUUGCAACAUCUGCGGGAAGAAACUUGAAACUCGAGCUAUUCUAAAUAAACACAAAUAUGUUCAUAUAGAGGAAAGACGCUUUAAACGCGACAUAAUAUGUGGUACUGGGUGCAAGAAUUCUACAGCCAUGAAAAUUCACCUCUUGGGCCACAUAGGCCUACGACCUUAUGUUUGUAAAUAUUGUGGAAAAUCCUUUGCAAGCAAUACAAACUGAAGAUCACACAAAUUGAAGAAGCAUUUGGCCGAAGUUUCAUUUGAGGAUGAGAAUAAAUCAUCACGUGUUCCAGUCCCAACACUGGAGAAACUAAAAGCAAUCUUAGUAAACUCUUUUAAAAACAUAAAUUGAGAGUUUGUAAAAUUUAACUCGCUAUUCCAGGACCCAAGAGAUUGCAAAAUCAAGCCUCUCGCAUGAGGCUUAGGAAUGCUUUCCCUAAAUGCCGAAGUAUAUUUAAGUAUAAUAUUUAAGAAGUAUUACAAAUACAAUUAUAAUAUAUUUACGUAUAUAUUUAAUACCAUAUCUGAGCUCUAUGUAUAUUAUCUUAAAAACAUAUGAAUUUAUUUUGUAUAAUUUUAUACUUUAAUAUAAAAU